AUGGCAGACGUCUCUCUCGCUGACAGCGCGACGCCCGUGCCCUCUACCGCGACAGAUGCGACUUCUGAAGCCGCAAGUGCCACCUCCAGACUGCAUCCUCACGAAGUCAUGCAUCACCACGCAGAGCCUCAUCAUCUCAAGCCAGAGAUGCGAGGCAGCUCGAACCUCGAUCGCGCAGCCUCGCACCGCCAGUCGAUAUUCGACAUCGAGGCAACCUUACAUCACUCUCUCUCGAAGAUGCCCAACAGCGAGGGUCGCUCGGCUGGCAUGUCGAGCUCGAGCUCGUCCGUGUCGGGAGACUCGAAGGUCUCCUCCCUCCUUCAUGGCGAGGACUACCACAUGCAUCUCCCACCGGCAUACACGGGCUCGCCUGGCACGCCAGACGCACCCACACCGCCGCAAUUUAUCUUUGCAAAGCCGUCUGCGAGGAAAGCCUCUGCGCAGGGUGCACUUGGCUCUGGUACUGCCACACCAGUCCAUCCGAGCUCUGUCAAUCACAGCCCAAACCCAUCGCGGGUGAGCUCGAGCGCGCACGGUGGCGUCGCUCAAGUAGCUGGCAACGGACAUCACGCCGAUCAUAAUAAGCACCACAGUCCGCUCCAUGAUCUGCGUCGAUUCCUGAACAAUCAUCUCCACCAUGGUCAUCAUACAGACAAGCAGUCCCACACUGCACCCUCCACCCCACCGGAUACGCCCUCAAUUGGCAGCAAGUCCGGCCACGCCACUCCCGCGUUGACGCCCAAGCAUUCACGCGGUCACGGAGGUCAUAGUCUCGUGAUGACCCAGAGGGACUCGCAUUCCUCCCACCAUUCGCCGGGACGUCACAGCCCGCCCUUUGGGGAGGACCACGCGCAUUUGCAAAAGAAGUACGGCAAAUGGGGCAAAGUCCUGGGAAGUGGCGCUGGCGGAACGGUUCGGCUGAUCAGGCGCUCCAAGGACCACACUGUGUUUGCCGUCAAGGAGUUCAGGCAGAGGCGGCAAGGCGAGCCUGAGAAAGACUACGUCAAGAAGGUGACUGCCGAGUUCACUCUAGGCUCUGCGCUUCAUCAUCGCAACAUCAUCCAUACCGUCGAUAUCAUCUGCGACCACGGCAAAUUCUACGAGGUCAUGCAAUAUGCCGAGUUUGACCUCUUCUCAAUCGUCAUGUCAGGAAAGAUGACGCGGCCAGAGAUUUACUGUGUCUUCAGGCAGAUCAUCGACGGUGUCGAUUAUCUGCACGAGAUGGGUCUCUCGCACCGUGAUCUCAAGUUGGACAACUGCGUUAUGACGGCUGAUAACUGCGUCAAGAUUAUCGACUUUGGCACUGCCACUGUCUUCAGGUAUCCCGGUCAGCUGCCUACGAUGGCCAAUGGCAUCGUCGGAAGCGAUCCUUAUCUGGCACCAGAGGUGCUGGGCAAGGCAGACUACGAUCCCAGAGCGGUCGAUGUCUGGUCGGUCGGCAUCAUCUUCAUGUGUAUGAUCCUUCGGAGAUUUCCCUGGAAGCUGCCGGACACGCGUACCGAUGCCUCGUACCGUCUCUACGUCAACUCGCAUCCGGAGCUGUGUGCGCCUCUUGCUGAACCUAAGACUGCGGGCCGCUGGUCGCCUAAAAGGACGCUGAGCACUGCUUCGCUGAAUCAUCGGGGCAAUCAGAGCGGUACCUCGACGCCCAUGCUGCAAGGUGAAUCUCGUAAUUGCGGCAGCUCGGGAACAUCGCUCUCUGCGACUUCUUCCAUCUUUCAUGCACCAUCCUCGCCCGGCGAUUCUGGCUAUUCGACCGGACAAGGCACAUCGAUGUCGGAGGACGAGAGCCUGCCGGACAAGCAGCGUCACAAAGACAAGCAUGAGCUUGCUUUCACGACACUUGAUCGAACGGCGUCGCCCGAAUCCGUCUCUGGAGCAGAUUCCUCGCCAACAAAGGGGGGUUCUAAUGCUGCCAGACUGCUCGACAGCAAAGCGCCGUCUACAGAUGCACCAGAGCGCGACGCUGCCCAUUCUGCUGCCUCACAGUCAUCAUUCUCGAGUGGUAGUACGUCUCAGAGCGUGUCUUCAUCGCGGCCGCCCGUCGAACGUAUGGCCACGGCUCGCUCACAGGCUGCCUCAAUCUCGUCACAAGCGACAUGGGACACCGGCGCGGCAGACAGCAUCUUCCGACUGAUCCCGCGAGAAUCGCGCACGGCACUGACGAGCAUGCUUACUAUACAAGCUUCUCGGCGGUGUACGCUCGCAGAUCUACUCAGAGGUGGCGAGGGUGACGACGAAGAUAUGUCACAAGCCGAUCCGUGGAUCUCCUCAAUCAGGACUUGCAUCGACAACGAUCAACAUGGCAAAAGUAUCAUCGGACACGAUGACGAGGACUAUCAUAAGCACAUCAAGAUACCGCCUGCGCCUGUCAAGCUUGGCAAAUGA